AAGACUAUCGGUCUGGCCCCUUCUAGCCCCGCCCCCUCGCCUACACCUGUGACACACAGCAGCCGCACCUGCUCUGCACCCUUCCCUUGUGAUGCGCCCCGCCUGGGCGAAUAUCACCUUACAUUACCUAUCCUGCUUACGAAAAUCCACAUCAAGCUGCACUGCUGCCUCAUUCACCUGACAUGCUGGAGCUGUUGGCUUACCUCCAUGGCCCGGAGCUUGUGGCCGGGUUCCAGAGACGAUGCGGACUCUUCCUUGUCGAAGCCGCGCAUCACAGCCAAGGGAUGACGCGCGCUCCGGCAACCCCGGACCAUACUGACAAACCAUGUGGACAGCUGAAGACGAGAUGGGACCACCAGGACAACAAUUCAAACUAUAAAUACAAGGGAAAUGGAUGUACCGCUGGUGGCUGCACCAGGCCUCAGUAUGAAGUCAGGAACUGGCUGCUGCACUUCCUCUUCCUGUUCUCGGCCAGCCUGGGGCAUGAAGUCUUCUACAUCACCUGUCUGCCCUGCAUACACUGGAACCUGGACCCCUUCCUCUGCCGUCGCCUUGUCAACAUGUGGACUUUGGUGAUGUACAUCGGCCAGGUAAUGAAGGAUGUGCUAAAGCUGCCUCGCCCUUGCUCACCCCCUGUGGUCAAGCUUGAGACACGUGUCGAUGCUGAAUACGGGCUGCCCUCCACCCACGCCAUGGCUGCCACCGCCAUCUUCUUCACACUUUUACUAAGCGCCCCCUCCAGGAUACAGUUCCAGUUCGAGGUGGGUCUGCUGCUGGCUGUGACGCUGUCGUCGUUGGUGUGUCUGAGCCGCCUUUACACUGGCAUGCAUUCAGUUUUGGAUGUGAUCUGCGGCGCUUUGAUCUCAGCCGUCCUUAUGUUUCUCACAUACCCCUACUGGGAAACUUUCGACCAUUUCCAGCUCACCAGCCGCAUCUCCCCCAUCGUGGCGUUGGUACUGCCCCUCUUCCUCAGCUACACGUAUCCAGAGCUGGACCAUUACAGCACCACCCGGGCAGACACCACCACUAUCCUAGGUGUAGGGGCCGGGUGCUCUAUUGGAUACUGGGUAAACGAGCAGCUGGGACAGACAUUUGAGCCCCAAGGGGUGUUGCCUGUACCUCUACCCACACUGACCUUAAAUGUACUGGCAUCAGGCGCCACCCGCUUCCUUUUGGGAGUCUUAGUAUUGGUGGGAACUCGGCAGGUGGUGAAAACAGUGAGUCUGCAGGUGUUGUAUUCUUGGUACAAAGUGCCAAAUAAUGACCAGAGUGCCAGGAGGAGGAAAGAGAUUGAAGUGCCGUACAAGUUUGCCACAUAUAUAGCUGUUGGACUUGUUAACUCUAUACUGGUCAAUAGGGUCUUCAUUUUACUGGGGCUACUAUGACCUAUUAACACAAGACUGAUGUAUGGUAAUCUGAAUUUGCAAUGACAAAAAUGUACCUCAUAUUUAUUUCAAAUGAUCUUUUAUACACGUGUCAUUGCUUUUAUACAAGGAGCUCCCGCUGGGAAUGAUUCACAGGAGGGUACUUGUGACUGACCUGUAAGCAAAGUAUUCAUGUAGCAAUAAAGAUUUUAUGACUCAA